ACGCCGCUCGCUUUCAGCCAAGCCCUUGUUCGGCGGGAUGGUCGCAUCACCGCCGUCCAGCGCACCGUCUCGUCGCUGCUCUCGCCACCGCCUCUUUCCUCCGCCGUCCGUCGCACCGUCGCCUCGCGGCUCCGACCACGGCUUCUCUCCACCUCCGCCGUCGGCCCGGCGCUGGCGAAUUACCUCAACUAAGCUCGGCACCGGCUCCUUCAGCGACGGUGUGUUCUCGGCUUCUGGCGGCGGUGUGGAGGUUGCGGUCAAGGUCGUGUCCAGCAUGGUCCGCGGCGCGCCAAACAUCGUGAACGAGGCCGAGAUCCUCAAGCGGCUUGGCCCUCACAGCAAUAUUGUCGCCAUGUACGCGCACGGCUAUGCGCGUACUAUCAUCGAGGGAUGUGGUGGGCUUCUGUCGCGCCUGCCCUGGUCGUAUCCGGCCCGUGUGCCUCUAGACGCGUACUGCGUCGUGCUCGAGAAGGUGUCCGGAGGCGAGCUCUACGACCGGAUCGCCCGCGCCGGACGACCGCGGCCGCUGGAAGAGGCCGAGGCGCGGCGCAUCUUUGGCGGCAUCGCGGCGGCCGUGUCGCACUGCCACGCCCACGGGAUCGCUCACCUCGACCUCAAGCUCGAAAACAUCCUCCUCACCGAGAGCGGGGGCGUCAAGCUGAUCGACUUUGGCCUCUCGCACGCCUACCGGCCCCGCGGCGACUCGCGCGGCGGGUACCACCGCGAGACGCCUCUGCAGAACCUCGUCGGCUCCAGCGGGUACGCGGCGCCAGAGGUCUGGUUCAACUGCGGCGGCUACGACGGCCUGACUGCCGACGUCUGGUCUAUGGGCGUGAUCCUCUACUUGAUGCUGUUUGGCUUCUUCCCCUUUAGCCGCGACGACGACGCUGCCUUUGCGGAUGCGGUCAACGCGCUGAACGAGGCGCAGCGGCAGGGCCGCGGGCGUAGCCUGCUCGUCGCAGGCUCGUUGCGCGAGCCUCCCAGUCCGCUCGCGGUCGAGCUGCUGGACGCGAUGCUGACGGUGAAGCCGAGCCGGCGCACGAAAGCGAAGGCGGUCCUCGGACACCAGUGGCUGAAACGGGGCGACAGCACGCCCCUUACGGAGCGCUCGUUGCCGGCGCCGACGACGCCGACCAAGGCGGUCCGAGUCACAGAGGGCCUCGCUCCAGAGGGCCACGGGUCUCCGCGGUCGAUCAUGGAGGACCCAUUCGGAGCCGGGAAGAGGAAGUCGAUUUAAGGUUUCCCGUAAAUUUGAACACCCUUUUC